AAAAAGUUAGUCUUAUUUCCUCUUCUCCAACUCUGCCGUUAUAACCGUAAACUUUACUGUCAGUCUGCUUUGAUUUGUCUGACAGAAGUGACUAUGAAGUUAUAACUGAACGCGAAAUUAAUGUUAUGAAGUAAAUUGCUAAAUAUCCGUCGUUGGUCUUCCCCUGGAAGCUGAGCCGUAAUUAACAGCUCGCAUUCCUACUAACGUCGUAACGUUAACGUCGUGCCGAUGACUAACGGUAGUAUCCGUUAACGGAAACGUUAACGUUAACUAGCUUCACAUAACUUUAUGGAACAGAUGACUCGUUCAGACUAAACAGAAACAUGUAAAGACCUGUAAUAUUAAGAGUAGCAUUCAGAAACUGGCACAGUCUGGGACAACACAGGACAAACGAACAUCAGUGGAAACAAUCUACUCUGUGAAGACUCUAGUACUGAAAAUGUCCAGUGAGAGCAGACGAUGCCCACUAUGAGUCAAAGUGGUCCUUGCCUGUGGACUCGGCUCCCCCAGAGCAGCCAGUCCCCAUGUGACCGCUACAAGCACGCCUGCUGCAGUUAUGAUGGAAACGUCUACAUCAUGGGAGGAAGAGACAACAGCUGUUUGAGGGACUUCUGGAGGUACAGCGUGGUUCGUAACGAGUGGACACAGUUAAACUGCACCAGUGAGGUUGCACCAGAAGAACUAGAGGAGCAUUCUAUGGUGGCUCAUGAGGGCUUCCUGUACGUGUUUGGAGGCAUGCUGGAUUCUGCAUACACCAAGCUGAGAUGUCCCCUCUGGGUCUUUGAUAUUGCAAAGCAGAAAUGGGUGCACUGGCAGGGAAAGACGAGCUCCCCUCAGACCCAAAAGCCGACCAACAGAAAAGGACACAGUGCUGUGGUCAUCGGCUCUGCCAUGCUGGUUUAUGGAGGUUUCAUUGACAUAAAAGGAUCCUCGCAGGACUUUUGGAGUUUGGAUUUUGGUGACAUGACCUGGUCCCUGCUGAGUGGUUCUCAACAGGGCUCAUUAGGCCCAGGCCCCAGACACAGUCACUCAGCCAUGGCCCACCAGAGCUGCAUGUACCUGUUUGGGGGCUUGAAAGGUUUGCGGGAGCAGAGAGACUUCUGGAAGUGGAAUUCCACCAGCCACACAUGGACUUCUCUCAGAAACAAGUCCGGCCCCUCCAGACUGAUGGGCCACUCAGCUGUGGCCUACAAAGACAAUAUGCUUCUUUUUGGAGGAGGUGAGAGUCAGAACUCUCCAAACAACUGCCUGUGGAGGUACAACUUCAGCUCUCAGACCUGGGGGCAGGUUGCCACACUCCCAGCUUUGAGUGCCCCAAACAAGAUACACCACUGCUGCACUGGGCUGGGCCCAAGCUACAAGUCCAACAUCUGCAGCCCCUGCUCCAGCUCAGAGCUCCACUCCAGGCUGCUGGAUGGGAAACUAAGGCCCUUCAAGAACAAAUGCUUCCCUGCCCCACUCUCAUUCCUAGGAUCAGAGGGAGCUAUAGAGCUGGAGACGUUCAGCCCUGACAGAUGCUACAGCAGCAAAACACUCACACAAUCUUCCAAACUGGACAGAAGCACAGAGAGCUUGGUGGGUAAAGAUUCACAGCGGAUUGGAACCUGCUUGACCUUUGAAAACAAGGCUUUCAGGAAACAGUGGAGCUGCACAGAAGAGGAGCUGCUGGAUGAAGAGGAGGAUGAAGAUGUAGCCCAGCAUCUGCCUGACCUGCUGCUGGUGCUGGGGGGGAAACCCUGUACCACACAUAGCCCUAUUUCUGUUUGGCAUAUGACUCUGACUGACCCAUAGCAGCCUGUGAAGAACAAACUUUACAAAAUUGUUCUCCAUAUGAGAAAAAAAUCUGUGUUUUAUUAUCACUUUACCUGUUUUAUCUGAUAUGUUUAUAUUAGAAAAACUAUAUUUAUAAUACUAAUGCUUUUGUUGUGACUUAUUGUUGUGAAUUUAUACAUUUCAUUUUUGUAGUUCUCAAAUAAGUUAUCAGAAAAUGGUUCUAACAAAAACUAAAGUAUUAAAGCUGUGAACAAUA